AUGGCCUUUCGCUCUGUUUCCUCCGUUUUGUAUCUCUCUGCGUCGGUGUCGGGCUUGAGCUUCAAUGUACCAGCGUCUCCACCCUCCAACGCGAGUGGUCAGAUCUCGGCAGCUCCUGUUGGUGUCUCCUUGGAAUUCUUCACGUUUCCCGAGUAUAUUCAGGACCUUCCCUCGACCACCACAUGUCUGCAGAACCUGAAAGACCUGACGGGCACCUGGCCUCCUGUGAGAAUUGGAGGCACAACACAGGAUCGUGCAACUUAUGAUGCGUCGUCGAGCGAGGCCGUCACCUACACCGUGGCCAGUACGAAGGAUGCGCCAACAACCCUGACUUACGGUCCUUCAUUUAUGUCCUUGGCUGCCAAAUAUGCCGGCAAGGUGAUUAUUGGACUCAAUCGUCGCCUGGAUAACAUUUCGAACACCAUUGCCGCUGCGCUAGUGGCCCAGAAAGAAAUGAGCAACCUAUAUGCCAUCGAACUUGGCAAUGAGCCCAAUUUCUUUGUCGACAGCGACCCUAUCGCCAGGGGUGCAUCUUGGACCGCCGCGGCCGACGAGGCCUCCCAAAUCGAAUGGCAGGAUGCGGUAUGCGGAAAUCUCUCUGCGUCAGAUAUCAUCUCAGCGGGCGUUUACUUCGGUACCUCCCCAAUGAGCCUCGUCGGGCUUACCGCAAAGGAAGGCGAUUCGAAUGCCUAUGUGAAAGAUUAUUGCUCUCACAACUACCCGCAAUCAUCUGGUAGCUACAACUUGACUGCGCUCAUGAAUCACAAAGACAUUGCGACUCAAGUCAAGCCAUAUGCUGCCGAGAUUGCCGCCGCAUCUGCGAAAGGGAAACCACAUGUCUUUGGGGAGACCAACUCAGCAACACAAGGUGGAGGUGGUAUCAGUCCAACCUUUGGUGCUGCCCUCUGGAUUCUGGACUAUGUGAUGCAGACUGUUCUCAUGGGCACGAACGCUCUCUACUUCCACCAGGGCACUAUUGGAAAUUGUGAGAACCCUUUGCAAUCUUCGCCGGAAUAUACUAAUCCCCCAGGUCAAUAUUGUUGGUGGGGACGAUACAACAUGGGAUCACCGUACUACGGUGCGUAUUUCGCCACUAUGGCACUAGCGAAUGCCGACCAAGUCGCGCCUUUGGAUGGCCAAGACUCCGCCUAUGCAGCUUACGCCAUCUACAAGUCUGGUGCUCCGGUUAAAGUUCUCCUCUACAACUCUGACUACUACACGACUGGCACUCGCUCAUCGCAGACAUACUCACUCGCUGGCCUCACUGGCACCAGUGUCACUGCUAAGCGUCUGACCGCUCCCAACGCCACGUCCCGAGUUGAUCAAGGCCAGGAUCCCACUGUGGCAGGUCGCUCUUUUGCCAACGGUACCUGCACGAUCCAAGGUACUGAAGCUGUGGAGACUGCUACUGUCUCUGCUGGAAAGGCUACAUUCACUGUAGGUGCUUCUGAAGCUCUCCUGGUCUUUUUGUAG